CCAAUAGGCAGAGCCCGGGACCUGCCCCUCUGGCUCCGGGGAUAGAAAAGAGCGUAGAUGCCGGCAGCAGCGAUGAGUUGUAGGAGGUGCUGGCUGCUAGGCGGCCCCGAGGAUCCGCUGCUGCUGCUGUCGCCGCUGCCGCCGGCAUCUUUGCAGAUGUAUUACUGUCCUUGAACACUAGCCCAUUUGAAAACACCAAAGAAGCUCAGACAUCAGCAUGUCCAAGUACAAACUUAUUAUGUUAAGACAUGGAGAGGGUGCUUGGAAUAAGGAGAAUCGUUUUUGUAGCUGGGUGGAUCAGAAACUUAACAGUGAUGGAAUGGAGGAAGCCCGGAACUGUGGGAAGCAACUCAAAGCACUGAACUUUGAGUUUGAUCGUGUAUUCACAUCUGUCCUUAAUCGGUCCAUCCACACAGCCUGGCUGAUCCUGGAAGAGCUGGGGCAGGAAUGGGUUCCUGUGGAAAGCUCCUGGCGUUUAAACGAACGUCACUAUGGAGCCUUGAUUGGUCUCAACAGGGAGCAAAUGGCUUUGAACCACGGUGAAGAACAAGUGAGGCUCUGGAGAAGAAGCUACAGCGUGACCCCGCCUCCCAUUGAGGAAUCUCAUCCUUACUACCAUGAAAUCUACAAUGACCGGAGGUAUAAAGUGUGCGAUGUACCCUUGGAUCAGCUGCCACGAUCUGAAAGCUUAAAGGAUGUUCUGGAGAGACUCCUUCCCUAUUGGAAUGAAAAGAUUGCUCCUGAAGUAUUAAGUGGCAAAACCGUUCUGAUAUCUGCUCAUGGAAAUAGCAGUAGGGCACUCUUGAAACAUCUAGAAGGAAUCUCAGAUGAAGACAUUAUCAAUAUCACUCUUCCUACUGGAGUCCCCAUUCUUCUGGAACUGGAUGAAAACCUGCAGGCUGUUGGGCCUCACCAAUUCCUGGGUGACCAAGAAGCUAUCCAAGCUGCCAUUAAGAAAGUAGAGGAUCAAGGAAAAGUGAAAAAAGCUAAAAAAUAAAGUCUUUCCCAAUAGCUGGCUAGGAAUAGAUGCAAAAGGAGUGGCAUGCAGUGUGUUAUGGGUACUAAACUCUUUUUUUCCCCUGAUUUUCCAGAUUUUUCAGAGCUAGGCCAUGGGGUAGAGUUUGUGUAAGUAACUAGGUAACCUAUCUCUAGCCCAGAUAAGGCUUUAGGAUACCUGAGUGCAUAUGUCAUAAACCUUAUGAGUUGGCUUUCCUGCUAGCCCGUCUAAGUUAUUCGCCAAACUAGUAACCAGUGGGGUUUAAUCAAAGUAAUAAUUUUCUGAAACAGGAGAGUAACAAGUAGAGGUGAAGUUUAAAGUAUUUAUCACUCGAUAAGUCAUUACUGAGUCACCACUGACAAGCACUAUUCCAAUAAGUAGUUCACUUUUAUAUUUAAAAGAUUCUCUGGGAUGACAGUAAUGGAUAUUAAAUAAUUCACCGUAAGUAUUUAUUACUAAUCUUUUCCUGUAGGAAAAGGGAUAUUUUGAUAGUUAAGACUAGAGGCCCAUUAAAUGGGAAAGUCACAGAUUUGUUCCUCCAAGAAAGCCAACAACCACAUCACAACAACACAAACAACAACAAGGCCCUUAAACUUGUCUUCUAGUCCAGAGACAUCCUUCGAUGACAUUUAGUAGAAUUCCUCUUUGGCCACUAGAAAAGCAGCAUAUGGACAACUAUGGCUGUUUAGGUUCUCUUUUUGUUUUUGAACUUUAAUCUUUGGGUACUUACAAUUAGUUUAAAAAUAAAGUUCUGUGACUAAAAAUGACAUCCCCAAA